GUUCUCCGCUCUUCUCCGCGCAUGGAUUGUUGCGUGCCCACGGCGGCCUAUUUACCAGUAACUUGUACGAGGAAAGGCAAUAACCGAGAAAUGUUGAAGACUUUCAGACAUAUCUGCUUUGCCAAAAAUCGUGGAUUUGGUACCGAUCCCACAAAGAGAAGGAAGGAAAGUAUAAAGACUCCAAAGGAGAACGUAUCUACUUCAUCCGAUCCAAGCAAGUUAGCUUCUGGAGUAUCAAGGACGAGAAUUAAAGAGGCACAAGAAUUAGCUGGUACUAGUGGAAAAUCAAACGAUCCUAUUUUUGACCGUCAGUUUUUGGAGAAGAUAGAAUCAGUUAGAAGGUCAGCAUACGAGCAAAAGAAAGCUGAGGGAGAGAGAAAUUUUCAGCCAAUUGAUUAUGAUGCUCCUAUUGAAUCUGAACAAUCCAAAAUUGGAUUAGCUACCAAGAUUGGUGUUGGAGUUGCUGUAGCUGUUUUUGGUGUGGUUUUUGCUUUUGGGGAUUCCUUCCCUUCUGGAAGCAAUAUGCCUUCUGGUGAUAAUUCUGUGAUUGAGAAAAAGCUUUCGGAGAAAGAAAGGUCAACACUUGAGGAAACAGUUCGACAGUUUCAAGAGACCCUCAGUAAAUCGCCCAAAGAUUCUGCUGCACUUGAAGGAGCAGCAGUUACUUUGGUAGAAUUAGGAGAAUAUCAGCGUGCUUCAUCUCUUCUUGAAAUGCUAAUCAAGGAAAGGCCUGAAAACGUUGAUGCAUAUCGCUUACUUGGUGAAGUCAAAUAUGAGCUGAAAGAUUAUGAGGGGAGUGCUGCAGCUUAUAGAAGUUUCUUAUCAACCUCUAAGAACUUGAACUUUGAUGUUCUUCGCGGGCUUACAAAUGCAUUACUUGCAGCUAAAAAACCUGAUGAGGCAGUUCAUGUGCUUUUGUCAUCACGAGAAAAUAUAGAUGAUGCAGAAAAUAUUGGCCUAAAGGAUCCAACAGUUAGACUGAAUGAUGUUGACAGGAAGAGUGAGGGGAUUGACCCUCUACAAGUUGAGCUGCUUCUUGGAAAGGCAUACUCUGAUUGGGGUCACGUCAGUGAUGCUGUAGCAGUUUAUGAUCAACUCAUUUCCAAGUACCCAAAUGAUUUUCGCGGUUACUUGGCAAAGGGAAUCAUAUUGAAAGAAAAUGGUAAAAGUGGAGAUGCAGAAAGGAUGUUCAUCCAGUUAAGAGGCAUGAGAAAUGACUAUUCGGCGCCGUUGCAGAGCUACGACUUCAUCACUGUUGCAGGCGGGACGACAUCAUCACUGUUGCAGGCGGGAUCUUCGGCAGGAUUUGCGUAUAGGCAUGACAGAGGUAGGCAAGAUUCUUUGCUCCGGAGAAAGCAAAGGCAUUUGUUGAUAGGUAUUCAAGACAAUAAGUGGCCUAUUGAAUCAAAUUCAGCUUGCAACGAUAACAGAUUUAUAGCCACUAAUCCAAGGUGCUAUACUAUGCUAAACGUUUUAUAUGUAUGAAUACUCUUAUGUACACUUGUUUUCCUCAACUACUCUCAGACAUGAAAGUUACUAUGCUUGAAGGUGGAGCUAAGAUGCCCUGAUUUAUGUAAGCAAGCAGUUGAAGAACUACAAGCUAUUUUCAUUUUUGUACAAGUUUAGGGUUUGAAUUGUAAUAAGCAGAGCCUAAUUACACAUUUAUUUUUCUUCUAGUAGGCUAUACUGUAGAACAAUAUCACAUUAGUUUAAGAAGAUGGAACUUGAUUACUCUCUCAAAGUAAAUUUGUCAUGCCAACUCCAUGCUUCAUGCUUGAUGUGUACAUUUGAGCCAAUCAUCUUAAGAUUCGUUUGGAA